AUGGAUUUGCUAAACGACUCAUCUGAUUCCCAGCACCAGGACAAUGACUUCGACCUAAGCGACGACAUUGUACUCGCAGAAUAUAUAGCAGGGUGUUCAUAUGCAGUUUACGUGAAUACCUAUAUGACCAAAAUACCAUUGCAUACGAAUAUACAAAGUGGGUAUGAAUGGGUACAGUAUACAUUAACUAGAAAUGAGGAGAAAUGUCGAAGAAAUUUUAGAAUGUCAAGCCAUGUGUUUGGACAACUGUGUAAUACAUUGCGCCAGUAUGGAUAUAACGGUACCAAAAGAAUUUGCUUGGAAGAGUCUUUGGCAAUAACAUUGGUGGUACUUGGUCAUGCUGAUGGUAACAGAUGGGUACAGGAAAGAUUUCAGCAAUUGUUAGCCACCGUUAUGGCACCGGACAUUAUCAAGCCUGUUGAUCGUACAUUUCAAGAUGAUUGCAUUGGUGCGAUUGAUGGGGUCCACAUCUCCAUGGUCAUACCAGAUGAGGAGCAACACCCGUACUAUGGCAGGAAGGGGAUCACCACAACAAAUUGCAUGUGCGCGUGUGACUUUGACAUGAAAUUCACAUUCGCAUGUGUUGGAUGGGAAGGGUCAGCGCAAGACACGAGGAUUUUUUUAAGCUGCCUCAAUAAUGAGAGUGACAACUUCCCAAAAGCUCCAGCUGAAAAGUAUUAUCUUGUUGAUUCAGGAUACCCUAUGAAGAAAGGGUUCCUUGCACCAUAUAAGGGGGAGAGGUACCACAUCCCCGAAUUUCAGCCUUAUGAAGUGCUGCAUUGUCCAGAGAACAGAUUUAAUUAUCUCCAUUUGUCACUCCGUUCGGUCAUAGAACGAACUUUUGGAGUUUGGAAGAAUAAAUGGAAAAUUUUGAGAAAUAUGCUAGGGAAGAGUAUACAUAGUCAAUCGAAAAUCAUUGUUGCUACAAUGGUUCUUCACAAUUUCGUUAGAGUACAUGAGAUAAACAAUAAUGUUAAUAGUUCUAGAUAUACAGGGGGCGAGAGAGGUCAUUACGAUGCCGUGGCACAUGCAAUCUCAAUCUUGGACGAACCUGAGAUGAAACAAGUUCGUGACAAUAUCACAGCAUCGAUAUGUGCAGACGAUAAUUGA